AAAGAAAGAAGAUAAGAGAAAAAAAAAUGGCUUGUCCCAAAAACAUCUUCUUUCUUACUUGUUUCAUCUUGUCCAUUUUCUGUUCAGCAUUUGCUGAAGAAAAUAUGUUGGCAUACUUUUGUAUAAAUAGGACUGGAUUUUAUACCAAUGGAAGCAUGUAUCAGACUAACCUCAAUAAUCUCCUUUCCACUCUCCCCUCCCAAAUCGACCAAUUUGGCUACGCCAAUUCCACAUCCGGCAAAUUCCCCGACCAAGCAAACGCUGUCGUGCUCUGUCGCGGAGACGUCGAUCCCGAUGCCUGUCGGAAGUGUGCUAACAGCUCAAUUCCCAUUCUGACGGGGCUCUGUCCCAGAAACAAGGAAGCUGUUGGGUGGUGGGAUUCCUGUAUGCUUCGUUAUUCUAACAAAACCUUGACCGGACCAGAAUCCAUUGCAGAAGAAGAAACCUUCUGGAUUUAUAAUGUCCAAACCAACGCAACCAGCCCGGAGAAGUUUAGCAAAGACGUGAACUUGUUGUUGGAAGAUUUGAAGCCUAAGGCGGCAGCAGGCGGCACUCGCCUGAAAUUCGCGGCGGGAAAGAUAGAUGGGCCGGACUCUGAGAGCAUAUAUGCACUGUUGCAGUGUGCACCGGAUUUGUCAGAGCAGCAAUGCAGUGAUUGCUUGAACAGAACAAUCUCUCUAUACCCUAUUUGCUGCGAUAGUAGAAUUGGAGGCAGAGUCAUAACACCCAACUGUAAUUUUCGUUACGAAAUUGGUGCCUUCUACAAUCAGACAAAUGUUCAAGCUUUAACACCUUCUCCGGCGCCUUCUGUUCUUCAAUCAGUGCCGCCGCCGCCGCCCCCUGUUCUUCAAUUAGCGCCGCCACCAUCAUCAUCGCUACCACCACCACUGCCGCCACCAUCAGGAAAUGGUAAUAUAAAGAAGACUGUGACGUCCAUUAAUGUUGUCUCUGUUUCGAGCUUGCUGUUUUUGAUAUUGCUGAUCGCUAAUUGAACAAUCAUGUUCUUGGAGAUGCUGCUGUCUUCAAAAAUAAGUUUGUUGAAUGUUAAGGAUAUUAUUAUCAAAUUUUGACUGUUUUUUUGCAAAAGUCUUCUUGUUGAUUAGUUUGCUAUUGUUGUCUCACUUUCUUGUUGAAUAUUCAAUGAAUUACUUAUUAA